AGAAAAGAUGAACAACAACCAGCUAAAACAGUUGUACUUUUUUUUUUAUACAUGUAAUACAUUGGUUUAUGUUUGAAACAUCUGCUGUAUCGGUCCACAAAGUCAGAGAAGAAAAGUAAACAGAGAAAGAAUGCAGAUUUUGUACGUGGCACGUUUACGUGGCGUGAACAAUGAGCGUUACCCGGAAGUGCUACAUUUGGCAGAAACAUUUCGAGCUAGAUAGCUAUAAAGAAUAAUAGCUAAGUGCAGUUAGUUUUGUUCAAAAAUUAUUCAAAAAUAAAUAAAAUAGCUACAUUGAAGAGUACGAUAUGGGCAAUACACUUUCUAGAGAUGACAACGUGUCAACUGUAGGCAACAAUACUUUGUGAGGGAAGAUAGUUAGCCUAGCAGGCUAUCUAAUUUUGCUAACGUUACAGUAGCUACUACUAGAUGAUGUUUAGAUUUCUGCAAAAGUAAGAAGCAGAUUAGCUAGAUUGACAUGAUUGCAUAAACAACCGUGUUCAAUGUCAAUGCCGUAGUGGUUAAAUUGUAGAGUUAUUUAGCAGAUCUGACCACAUGGCUGUUUAGACCUCUGCAGAUAGUUUUAGUUAUCUAUCAUUGCUGCGAAGGCGAUUCUUGUGAUCAAUGAUUGUUUGACAUUUUAGUCAUUAAGUAUAAGAGCGACUUACAAUUCAUGAAUUUGUUUUAAGAUAGUUAGGUGAGACGACACAUCACGUUAAAUUUUCCCCCAACAAAGUAUUUAUCACCAAAGGCAGUGCUAGUGGGAAAAGAGAAGUACCAUUUGAUUUAUUGUUAUUUUUUAUACUUGGCGUUAUCUGUCUAGAAAUCAAGCUUGCCAACCUAUCUAGCUAGUCAGUUUCUGGAUUCAGACUAGUCUGUUUACCGCUCUAGCUACCACUUUCCAAUAGUCAGGCUAAUUGUUGCAUAGCAAAGCACAGCUGCAAUUAUGUCUAUGGACGACUUCACUUCGAUCAGCCUGCUGUCCCUGGCAAUGCUAGUGGGAUGUUAUGUGUCUGGAACCAUUCCUCUGGCUGUCAACUUCUCAGAGGAGAAGCUGAAGCUGGUGACGGUCCUGGGAGCAGGGCUGCUGUGUGGUACUGCCCUGGCUGUCAUCAUCCCCGAGGGGGUCCAUGCCCUGUAUGAGGAGGUCCUGGAGGGUGUGCACCACGCCCCUGGCCAGGUGGAGGGGGUGGGGGUGUCUGAGCCCAGGGAAGGUGUGGAUGCAGCUCUGGGGGUCAGUGGGGAGCACAGCCACAGCCAUGAGCAUCUCCAUGCCUACAUCGGGGUUUCUCUGGUCCUGGGGUUCGUCUUCAUGCUGCUGGUCGACCAGAUAGGAAGCGCCCACGUACACAGCAGUGCUGACGAUCCAGAGUCUGCGAGGGUUGCCAGCUCAAAGAUCACCACCACCUUGGGACUAGUGGUCCAUGCAGCAGCUGACGGCGUGGCUCUCGGAGCAGCGGCUUCAACGUCCCAGACCAGCGUUCAGCUCAUUGUCUUUGUGGCCAUCAUGCUUCACAAGGCCCCAGCAGCUUUUGGCCUGGUCUCUUUCCUGAUGCAUGCUGGUCUGGAGAGGAAUCGGAUCCGUAAACACCUGCUGGCCUUCGCCCUGGCAGCACCUGUCCUCGCCAUGGUUACCUUCGUAGGACUCAGCCAGAGCAGUAAAGAGGCACUGUCCAACGUGAACGCCACAGGCGUGGCCAUGCUGUUCUCUGCCGGGACCUUCCUGUACGUUGCCACGGUACACGUUCUGCCUGAGGUGGGCGGGACCGGACACAGCCACUCCCCCACACCGGGGAAGGAAACAGCGAAGGGACUGAGCAAGGUGGAGGUUGGGGCUCUGGUUCUGGGCUGUCUGCUACCACUGGUGCUGUCUGUGGGACACCACCACUAGACACACACCGCUAGUAGACACAGAGGAGACCGAGGGGAGGAGAGGAAAGGAGGGAUGUAAAGAGAGGAAGAGUGGGUUUAGAGGGAAAGCAGCCUAACAGACAUCUCUAUCACACAUCUCAAAUGUCUUAUGGACCUGUUCUAUUGAUGGACUUCUGAUUUGGUUGGAUUGCGGUUGUUGUGUCCUCGUUGCCUGGACAACGACCUGCGGGUGGAAUCGGAACCGCGCUGGACAACACAAAGGGAUGAUGAUGAUGAUGAUGUCAUAACCAUAGUAAUAAGGACCUCCCACUUGUUCAACACUCUAAAGGAAGUGCUUAUCUGCUGAUACUGAUGACAAGACUGCUACCAUGGUUUCUGCUUCUUUUAAGCAGACAUUUAUAUUUCUCUCUAGGUAGGCUUUACAGACAGCAGGGGAGUUGGUCAUUGUUGUAUCCUGUUUCAGUGCUACAAAUGAACUGUCAACUCCUGAACUCAUGUUAAUGUACCAGCUUUUGUUUUGUUGCUGAGGACUGAGGGCUGUGAGACAUGAAGAGAUAUUUGUGACAUCUUGCAGUAAAAGUAAAGGUUUUAAAGUGAUUUUUCACUCUCACUUUUCAGAGCAUUGUUUAUGUGCUACGUUGAGCUUGCACUCUGACACACGGUGUUCUUACUGUGAGAUGAAAUGUAGUCUAUAUUUAAAUUCUUGCUAGUGCAAUCAGUAACUAAUUAGACGUUUACAUGUGAGUAGUUGCACUUCUAUGACUUUUGGCCUGAUCUAUAGGCUAUUUAUUAAUCUACCGUGCUGUUAAAGGACAUUAGACAUCUGAGAGACAUGUUGUCUAUAAGACUGCUGUCCACAGACUCUGUUGUUGACUCUGUUGGGUAAACAGCUUGAAGGAUGACUGUCUUGCUUCAGCCUCACAAUGGAAGCCCCAGGACCAGCCUCUAAAUUAUACACUGUAAUGGAAGACCUGGCCCCAGGACCAGCCUCUAAAUUAUACAUCGUAAUGGAAGCCUCAGGACCAGCCUCUAAAUUAUACACUGUAAUGGAAGCCCUGGACCCAGGACCAGCCUCUAAAUUAUACACCGUAAUGGAAGCCCUGGACCAGCCUCUAAAUUAUACACCGUAAUGGAAGCCCUGGACCAGCCUCUAAAUUAUACACCGUAAUGGAAGCCCUGGCCCCAGGACCAGCCUCUAAAUUAUACACCGUAAUGGAAGCCCUGGUCCCAGGACCAGCCUCUAAAUUAUACACCGUAAUGGAAGCCCUGGUCCCAGGACCAGCCUCUAAAUUAUACACUGUAAUGGAAGCCCUGGCCCCAGGACCAGCCUCUAAAUUAUACACCGUAAUGGAAGACCUGGCCCCAGGACCAGACUCUAAAUUAAACACCGUAAUGGAAGCCCCAGGACCAGCCUCUAAAUUAUACACUGUAAUGGAAGCCCUGGUCCCAGGACCAGCCUCUAAAUUAAACACCGUAAUGGAAGCCCUGGUCCCAGGACCAGCCUCUAAAUUAUACACUGUAAUGGAAGCCCUGGUCCCAGGACCAGCCUCUAAAUUAUACAUCGUAAUGGAAGCCCUGACCCCAGGACCAGCCUCUAAAUUAUACACCGUAAUGGAAGCCCUGACCCCAGGACCAGCCUCUAAAUUAUACACUGUAAUGGAAGCCCUGGCCCCAGGACCAGCCUCUAAAUUAUACAUCGUAAUGGAAGCCCUGGCCCCAGGACCAGCCUCUAAAUUAUACACUGUAAUGGAAGCCCUGGCCCCAGGACCAGCCUCUACAUACACCAUAAAAUCUAAACUUAUAUCAACCCAUGAAUUACCCUGCUUUCUUUCACGUUUAAAAUGUUGUUUAAAAUGUGGUUCUUUUCAGACCUGUUUUCCUGAGUGAUUGCAGGAUAGCUACUGGUCUACCUGAUGACAAGUAGACUGGGGACUGGUCUAUUUGAUGACAAGUAGACUGGGGACUGGUCUAUUUGAUGACAAGUAGACUGGGGACUGGUCUAUUUGAUGACAAGUAGACUGGGGACUGGUCUAUUUGAUGACAAGUAGACUGGGGACUGGUCUACUUGAUGACAAGUAGACUGGGGACUGGUCUAUUUGAUGGUGGUAGACUGGUACUGGUCUAUUUGAUGGUGGUAGACUGGUACUGGUCUACCUGAUGACAAGUAGACUGGGUACUGGUCUAUUUGAUGGUGGUAGACUGGUACUGGUCUAUUUGAUGGUGGUAGACUGGUACUGGUCUACCUGAUGACAAGUAGACUGGGUACUGGUCUACUUGAUGACAAGUAGACUGGGGACUGGUCUAUUUGAUGGUGGUAGACUGGUACUGGUCUACCUGAUGACAAGUAGACUGGGGACUGGUCUACCUGAUGACAAGUAGACUGGGGACUGGUCUACUUGAUGACAAGUAGACUGGGUACUGGUCUAUUUGAUGGUGGUAGACUGGGUACUGGUCUAUUUGAUGGUGGUAGACUGGGUACUGGUCUAUUUGAUGGUGGUAGACUGGGUACUGGUCUAUUUGAUGGUGGUAGACUGGGUACUGGUCUAUUUGAUGGUGGUAGACUGGGUACUGGUCUAUUUGAUGGUGGUAGACUGGGUACUGGUCUAUUUGAUGGUGGUAGACUGGGGACUGGUCUACUUGAUGACAAGUAGUCUGGGGACUGGUCUACUUGAUGGUGGUAGACUGGGUACUGGUCUAUUUGAUGGUGGUAGACUGGGUGAUUUUAGGGUACAUGACAUUAGGCAUUGUUCAGUGAGUAGUCAGACCAAUAGAUGCAUUAUAAUGAAUUCUGAACUGAGGGACCAGUAAUAUGGAGUGUAGACCAACAGACAGUCGUCGGUAGAUGUUCAGACUGAUAACUUUGUCUGGAUCACCUAGUGUCUGUCUGUGAAGAGGGACUUAGUUAUUUGCAUUUGGGUCAAACAAAACAGCAAGUUCUGACAUAAUGACUUUAGUUUUCUUUUUUCUUAUUUCGAUUUGCUUUUAAUUUAUCUUCUGUCCUUUUAUCAAUGUUAUAAAAUCUCAGCAAUAAGCAUGUUCAUUUUGUGAGCUCUGGUGUCCGUGUCUACCCACACAGAGUUAUCUAUUAUAUUGACCAGAUGGUUGAGUGGCAUCUCUAACAAUUGAAAGAGAUGCCACUCAAUGCCCCUAUUCGAUCAAAUAAACCACACGUUGAAAAUAA